AUGUGCGAUGAAAACAGCAACAACCUGAUGGCCAUGGUCAAUCACCUGAUGAACGUUAAAGACUCGCGAUGGUUGCAGGUCGAAGUGUGCCGUGAGUUUCAGCGGGGCCAGUGUUCGCGAUCAGAGAACGAGUGCAAGUUCGCCCACCCGCCGCCGCACGUCGAAGUGCAGAACGGCCGAGUGACCGCCUGCUACGACAGCAUCAAGGGUCGAUGCUCAAGAGAGAAUCCUAAAUGUAAAUACCUGCAUCCUCCGCAGCACAUCAAGGACCAGCUGUUGAUAAAUGGCCGGCAAAAUCUGGCUAUUAGGAAUUUGCUCAUGAACCAGAUUUCGACUCCGCUUUCAGCGCUAGGAAUCAAUCCGUUAACUUUGGUAAGUGCCUUCCGCGCACGCGUGUUAUUUGCUGCUUUUCCGACUGUAUAG